UUGGAAACUGACAAUGAAAACAACAAGACCUCCAAGGUGAUUUCAGAUGAAGUUUUAGCGUAUCUCAGCAGUCGGUGGUUGACUACAUUUAUCCCUUCAGUCUACACAGUCGUAUUCCUCCUAUCACUGCCUUGCAAUGUAAUAGCAAUCAUCAUAUUCCUGUUUAGAAUCCACGUGAACACACCAUCAGUGGUUUUCAUGUUGAACUUAGCCGUCUCCGAUGUCCUCUUCGUCAUCUUGCUGCCUUUCAAUAUUGCUUAUCGGUUCUUAGGAAACAAUUGGGUGAUCGGAGAAGGAAUGUGCCGCUUCAUCACCGCCGCAUUUUACUCCAACAUGUACUGCUCCAUCCUGCUCAUGACCGGUAUCAGCGUGGACCGGUUCUUGGCGGUGGUCUAUCCCAUGCAGUCCCUUUUAUGGCGCAGAGUGAGCAGAGCCUGGAUAACCUGUUUCUUUAUCUGGGUGGUUUCCAUCGCCGGCGCUGGGCCGCUUUUCACCAUCAAUCUAACUGUUCACAUUGACCAACUGAACAUUACAACUUGUUACGACAUGCUGGAAAUGGCAAACAUUCAACAUUUUUACUUCUAUUAUUUCAUCACUUUUAUUUCCAUUUUUUUUUUUGCUGCCUUUUUUGAUCACAACAUUCUGUUACAUCGUGACCAUCCGAACUUUAAGCUCUUCCAAAAUUGA